AUGUUUUUUCGCUUAUUAUUGAUACCACUUUGUUUUUGCAUUAGUACAACAGCCCUAGCUGUUCUUAAAUGGCAACAGUAUCCUUGUGGCUUAAAUCAGCGAACUAUUUACGAUAGUGUUUUGUUGGUUGAGGGAGAAAGUCUUCAUCUUUCUUGUUCGAUUUGUGAACAAUGCGAGCCAAAACUCACGGAGUGUAGCCCUGAUUUUAGUAUAGCAAAGUAUAUAAAGCUUGCUAAAACCAGUGCAAAACUUAAAAACUUCGCUGAUAUCGAAAUGACUGAUGCUAUCAGCAUCCGUGAAAGAGUACGAUCACGACUCUAUGUUACUGAAAAUAUACAAAAUUUCACACACAAAGAAAAUAACAGCAGCGGAUCAGCCCGGGACUUGAUCAAAAAUCACACAAUACCAUCACUUAACAUAUAUUACACUAUCGAAAAGCCCAGCAAAGCUCCUGAGAAAAUAACCUUCACAAAAACGCGUUUCUUCCAACCACGAGUUUUUGUUUACAAGGAUCAGCUCGUCCUAAGAAAAACUCUGGCACAAGAUAGCGGAGUCUAUACGUGCGUCUACCGCGGUCGUCCUCGCAUUGUCUGGGCCGUAACUGUCUUGCCUCCUGGUGUAGAACCCUAUCGACAAACCAUUGCUCCGAUGGUUACUCUGGACUUAAAUCAGGUUGAUAUUAAUCCCCCACAAAAGUUAAGAACUCUUAAACAGAAAACUGUCACCCAAUCAAAUGUUCAGAUGUUUACGUCUUGGGGACCUUGGUCAGAAUGCGUACCCUGCGUGGCUAAACUACCCGCUGGAUCCCAAGGAUUUAAUUCCAAGGAACUUGGGGGAGAAGGCUUUCAAAUGAGAGUGGGAACGUGCUAUGUGAGAAUGGUGGAUUCGUUCCUACCACUGAAACCUUAUAAGCUGGCUUUUCAUGCUACGAAGUCCUUGAAACAAUUUGGUCAAGCGGGUCUGCCAUGCCGUUCUCAUCUUAUUGAGCUUGGAGUUCAGGACUCAGGAAUUGUACCUCUGGUUAAAAGACCUAGUGAGCUUAUCAUUCGCCCAUGUUAUAAACCCUGUCCGGCUCCAGAGAGCAAGUAA